UCAUCAUCGACGCGAUAAACACAAUUUGUAACGCGGAAAUAUUCUGCGAAUCUGGCGCGGUGUUCGAUGGGGAACUCCGGAGGCGCGGAGCCAGAGCUCAAAGUUCCUCGUGCACCAACCUGGGCAGGUGUGAGUCUGGGCAGUGGCGCCAGUCCACGCCGACCAGCCGGGACGCUGUCGCUCGCCGUCACGCCGUCGACGGCCGCCAGCGCUGAACUUGCGCGGGGGCAAGGCGGUGGGGGGGGGGGGCAGGCUAAACAAGCGAACGAUCCGGGUGGUGGGGUGCGCGCCUCUUCCCGGCGCGACCUCAACGACAGCAAUCGAAGGGAGUGCCAGUUUUUUGGGCGGCUGCAGAGGCCACGUGAUCCCGUCGUCGCAGACAUGAGCGCCGGCAACGGGAGCGUCGCGGGAGGCAGCCUCUACGACGACAACUGCACCUUCGACGAGGAGUUCAAGUACAUCCUGCUGCCCGUCUCCUACAGCCUGGUGUUCGUCCUGGGCCUCGUGCUCAACUGCCUCUCCCUGUGGAUGUUCAUCUUCAAGAUCCGCCCGUGGACGCCGGCGACGGUGUUCAUGUGCAACCUGUCCGUCUGCGACACGGUGUACGUGGCGUCGCUGCCGCUGCUCGUGCACUACUACGCCAACCGCAACAACUGGGUGUUCGGCGAGUUCAUGUGCAAGGCGGUGCGCUUCCUCUUCUACACCAACUUGUACGGCAGCAUCGCGUUCCUCACCGUCAUCAGCCUGCACCGCUACCUGGGCGUGUGCCACCCGAUCCGCUCGCUGUCGUGGCGCAAGAACAGCCGGGCGCGCGUGGUGAGCGCCGUCACCUGGCUGGUGGUGGUCGCUCACAUGUCGCCCGUGUGGUUCUUCGUCUCCACCAGCCGCUGGGGCGACGAGACGAUCUGCCACGACACGGCCAAGCCGGAGCUGUUCGACAACUUCGUCGCGUACAACCACGUGCUCUUCGUCACGCUCUUCGCGCUGCCCUUCCUCGUCAUCCUCGUGAGCUACGUGGCCAUCAUCCGCACGCUGCGUCGCUCCGCCACGUCGGGCGUGCGCACGUGGACGGCGUACAAGCGGCGCUCGCUGCGCAUGAUCGUGCUGGUGCUCGCCGUCUUCGCCGUGUGCUUCGUGCCGUUCAACGUGACGCGCACCGCCUACUACGUGCUGCGGCAGCAGGACGCCGCCUGCGCGACGCUCAACGCCAUCAACAUGGCGUACAAGAUGACGAGGCCGCUCGCCUCCGUCAACAGCUGCCUCGACCCCAUCCUUUACCUGCUCGCCGGCGACCUGUACCGGCGCAGCGUGACGCGGGCGAACGCGGCCCGGUGCACGCGCACCGGCGCCAGCGAGCCGUCCAGGGCCAAGAAGUCGUCGUCGUCCGACGCCGAGGAGAAGAAGGCGAAGGCGGUGGAGGUGGAGGAGCAGAAGGAGCAGAAGGAGCAGGAGAAGCCGAGCUGGGUGGUCGAGCGAGGGGCCAAUGGAGGCACCAACGGGACCCACGGCCAGCCGCACUUCAAGUCGAGGGUGAGCACGGUAAACACCGUGGAUGGGAACUUCAUGUGAGAGAGACGCGUUGGACGCGGACGGAUGACGACAACGACGACGCCGAACGUCGCAAGAUUCGCCGCGGCGUGGCACAGGAAGACGCGGCGCUGCCCGGGUGGUGUCGUGGGUUGGUUGUUGUUGUUUUUUACCAGCACGUAAGGCCCCA